AUGCUCAUACAGAAAUUCUUUUCUCUCGUUCCAGCGGAAGACAAAAAAUUGGAAAACCUUGUAAAUGAGCUAGCCCAAUCUAAAAAGAACAUCAAGAAAAUACAAAAUUAUGGAGCAAAGGAGAGAAGCGCGGACAGUUCCAUUCAUAAAGAUGAUGUCAAUCAAAAGGUAGAAAAGUUAGUUAUCACAUCAGCUGGUUCCAGGCGAAAUGAAAGCGAGAAGGACAAAUGGUGCAGCUUUAGGCAGAAGAAGAACAAUGCCAAGAAAGGUUCGCCCAGCUUGUCCCAAAAAUAUAAAAAAACUACGUUCGAUUUUAGCAAAGAUAGUAAGGCAAUCAAAUGGGACCCCCCCACCAGCGAUAAGUUCGAUUUGUCCAGCGUCAAAGAAAAUGAACUUUUCCAAAGGAUUUUUAAAACGGUUGAAAGAGAAAAUAUAAAAAGUAAGAAUGAAAAAUUAAAAAGCAAAAGUGAAAAACUGAAACAUUUGAAAAACAAUUUAGGGAACCAAAAUGAACAUGUAAAAAGCAAAAAUGUGAAUGAAGAAAAUAAAGACCAACAAACAGAAUUAAUAAGCAAAUUUAGGAAAGUUUUGAGUGAUAAGAAGAAGACAUAUGCUACUUUGAAAAUCAGGACUAGAAGUUUUGGGAAGGAACACGCGUCCUUUUCCCCCUUUCCCGACAACGCUGUCGAAUGCUAUAACAUGCACUACAGUCGUAAAGGCGAAAGUUGUAAAAACGGUUUAUGGGGCGAAGUUGAUGAGAAAACCGAAGAAAGGGAGAAAAGAAAAGAGCAUACGAAAAUACAAAGGAUGGAACACCCAUACCAAAAUGGCCAAGACAGAAUCGCAAAAGGGACAGCCCACAGGAGUAGCCACAACCAGAAAGGAUGUUCCUCCAGCAAGAUUAAUCAAAAUGAUUUAAUAAAUGCAGAACGAGGAAAUACUUCCCAUUAUUUCACUAAACGGUGUAAUGCACCCCGACAAAAGGGGCACCGAAAUGAAGACACUUACCGCCAAUUUGAAAACCGAUCCGUUAUGGAAGAGGAAACUUCUCUGAAAGGCAAAAAAUUGCCACCCAAUUGGGAGGCAAAAAGCAGUCGUAGUAGCAGUAGUGGCAAUAAGUCACAAGGUCAAUAUUACAUACGCUCUUGUAGCAGCAAUUUUUCUGUGCCAAGUAGUAAUAAUUACAAAAAAUGUAAAAACAGCCUCAGCGCUGCUAAGCAAAAGGACAAAAUGUGCGAACAAGUCAAUGACGACAGAAGAGGUAGAAGGGGACGUAAAGACAAUCAUGGGAAAAAAAAAGAAAAAAAAUCAGCCAACACUCGGGAUAACAAAUUAUGUAAUCAUAAAAAUAAACGUAGUCAUACCUGUAGGUACAUUUUUCGAAAUGCUUAUACACUCCCCAGAAGGGUAUCAAAAUACAAGUCACUCCAUCGCAGACUGCAUUUAAUUGACGAUCCAAUGGGGGGACAUCAUUUCCCCAAAUGUGACAACUCCUUCGGUAAGAAAUUCCAAUUCUUAGUGGUAAAAAAGAAGAGGAAAAAAAUAAACAUGACAAUUUUUGCCAAAACGAAGAUAGAAAAGCAUAUGCAUGCAACAAGUGGAGGAAUUCAUACACUCCAAGAGAAGUCUCCGAACUCCCGAAGUGAAUAUGCCAACAGCGUAAAGGAGGACUGCCAUAGCUACUCACCAAUUAGGUCCAUUGAACACACUAGAGAAAACUCAAACGGUUGCAAAGGUGAUCAAUUUUACCACAACAUGGUUACAUCGUGUGAGAGCGAAUUGAAGAACCACGAAGAUAAUUCCAAUAAUGAGGAUGAAAAGAACUCAAGCCACUUUAAAGAAAACAACAAAAGUAGCCUCGCUGAAAAAGGCUUGCAUAACAUGAGCGAUUAUGGAAUAUUCCCUCAUAAUAAUAGUGACACACAUAGGGAUAGAUUAAGCACAAAUGGCAAAGAAGGUGAUCAAAUGCACGAAAUGAAAGCCAAAGUGUGUGCCCUUAAAGAUGAAGACAAAGCACAAAACACAUGUAUUGACUCUAAAAGGUGGAAAAACAUGGGGGAAAGUAAAAUAAAAAUACAAGAUAGAAUAAUUGAAAAGGAACGGAUUUCAUUUAAUUGUGCACCAAAAAAAGAAGCAAACUUAAACAACUCGAACGGCGAAAUUGCGGAUCUGUUAAGUCAUGCAACGGGAAACACAAUAAGCAGAAGCAACACCACAAGUAACACCCCCUAUGAAAGAGUACUUGGUGGAGACUUCGAUGAACCAACUGAGAAGUUAAGAAGAGGGAACAACUCCAUUAUGGGCCAUAGCAUAGUAGCAGAAAGAGGCACAGAUGAUCUAUGGAAAAACUCCAAUCCAGUUAAGCUAAACAGAAAAGGGUCCGAAUUGCCACAUAAGGGGGAAAACAUAGAGCUUGGAAAGCAACGCAAAAAAGGAAGUGCAAAUUGUAUAAGUACUGACCUGCAUGAUGACACGCACAGCGAUGUGCACACUGAUCAACAAGGCAACAACCAUGGAAAGGAACAUAUCCUCCAAGAAAUACUAUCCUUCUACACUCGAUAUAAAAAUAAACUGAACUUUCUCCUGCAGGAGGAAUAUAAUUAUUUAUGCAGGUUGAGGGACUACGUUAGAAAAAAUGCUCAAGAAUCAGAAGAAGUGAAGAAUGGUGAUUCAGCCAAGGGCACUUCCACACAUGAGUGUUGCGAAAGAGACAACGUAUUAAUUAACGAACUUGUGCACCAGAUAAAUAACUGCAUAUCGGAAAAAAAUAAGUUACACAAUUCGUGCGAUGAGGAAGAAGUUUCAACAAAUCAGAUUAAAAAACGCGAUUGCAGAAAAGGAAAAGAAAAUUUUAUGUAUCAUCUAUACAAAGACGACGCAGAUGUGCACAAAAUUUGUGUUCAAACAAACAAAAGAAUUAAGCGAAUUGAAUAUUAUCUAAAUCAAAGUGAGAAAAAAUGUUUGGGAAAAAACAAUAGCAUCACUAAGAGAGAAGCUCCUCCCUUUGUGAAAAGUUCAUCAAGCGAUCGUUCCUCAAAUAAGAGCGAACUUUUUUGCAAAGACAGUUCGGUAGAAAGUAACAAACCUGAUUGUCCUUUUCGACGCGCAGACAUGACCAAUCUGCGUAAUCGUGGGGAAGAAAUGAACCACAUGAGGUUAAGAAAAAGAAACUCCCCUUCUUGGAGGGGCUCAAUAAUGACAAAAAGGCGAAUGAGCAAAAAAGAUUCCAUUUGUGCAGCAAUGAAUAAAAAAGUACUUGUGCGAAAAAAAGGAAGUUUCGAGAAAGGCCAUUGUUCAAAAACACAUUUUAAAUACGAACUGCUCUACAGAAUUAAGGUGUCUAAAUAUCUCCUACACAAUUGGACAAAAUUGGGAGGACAUUAUAGCGCCAGUUCGAAUUAUCUCUUAAGGAGCUUAAAAUGUGCAGCAGCAAAUGGCUUUCACCUUUAUGAUAAAAAUGAAUUGCACUUUAAAGGGUCUCUUUGUCUUUUCAAUUACAAGCCAUGUUUGCACCACUUCAAAGCUAACACCUUUUAUUGCUACUUUUUGUGUGAGAAAGAAAGAGGCAAUUUUCGUAAAAGGCUUAGCAAUGCACCCAAUCGAGCAAUAGAUCCAAUUUAUGAACAUGCACAAAAUUUUGAUCAAAGAGAAUGCAGCAAUUAUUUAAAUUGUACAGAUGGGUACAAAGUUGGGAAAAACAAUAAGACAUAUUGGAAUGUCCCAAGGGAUAGGGAAAAUAAAGAGAGAAAAAUAUUCACUUUGCCGACCCCAAUUUGUGAACACAAUUUUCUUGUAACAAGAACGAACUCGAACUGUAGCCACAUCAGUUGUAGCCCUUUCUGUGGAGGGGAAUCGCUUACCUAUACGGAUUUUACUGGCAGUAUGAUGAAGCACGCUAUUAAUAGUAUCCCCUGCAGUGGGGGGAAAUAUAUCACUAAGAAAGAGAGUGAUAGUUUCGCUUCCACCAAUUUGAGGUGGAAUCAGAAAAGCACACCUGAUUUAUGUGGCACCACGUGGAGAGGAAAACGCAACACAGAAGAAGGAGCCACAUGCGAGAGUUCUACUCACCGAAUGACUAACUCCAAGUGGGCUACUUCGACAUCAUCAUAUAUUACACAAACGGGGGGAAAAAACAAGCCCCUCAAAAAUGAUACCCCCACGAGUAGCUCACUGCAUCACGUGAACAUAAAUUUAAACCCAGCCAAUGUUUGUUACGUAAGUCCUAAUUUGUUAAGCGAUAAAGACAAGCGCGAACAAUUGUAUGAUAAUACUGAAGGAAGAAAAGGUUGCAUGCAGUCCCUUAACUCAAUAAAAUCGUUGGGCAUUAAAAACGGGUCUACUUUAAAUGGUAAACUUAUAUGUGAGCAAAAUUAUCCGUUUGAAAAACACCUCACGCGAUUAAGUCACCACAUAGGAGGUUCAAAAAAGAAGAAUUUUGCUUCAACAAAUGAAAACAAUUAUCUGACAAAUUCGAUCCCUGUAGAACAGCUCAGUGCGCAUUUUAACGUGAGUGAUAAGUGUAGAAGCGGGGGGGAGAAUGCAGAAUGGUUGAGCUUCCCAAACGGGGGAUGCACCACGGAGUAUCCCCCACGAAGCGAAUGCUACAUCAAUGUUUACGAAAACAAUUGUGAUACGAAUGACAGCUUGGAGAAAAGAAAAAAUAUGUACCAGCUAAACUGCUCAUACGACAAUAUUGUAAAUUCACUGUGCACAAGCAGAGGAAAAAUUGCACAAGGAAAUGUUGGAACGAACAAAAAUUGCAAAAAAGAGGGAAAAUACAAAAAAGGGGAAAAAUACAAAAAAGAGGAAAAACACAAAAAAGAGGAAAAAUACAAAAAACAGUCCAAUGUAAUUAACGAUGAAGAAGGUCAAAAUGGAAAUGACAAUCUGUCCAAGUUAUUGGUAGACAAUUUUAACGAAGUGCGUGAACACAAUAGGGAUAGCAACACCCCCAGUAGGAGGAACGAUAAAUGCCAGUUAGUCCCCCAAGUGGGGAACAACAUUCCACGUGAGAAUUUUAAUGUAAACAAAUCGGAUUGCAGCGCUACGGCUGAUGCAAUGGAGAAGCACUAUGUAGACUUGCUCACCAAUGGUGACAAUCACUCAAGGUAUAUAGGAGCAAAAUUAAAAAAAAAAAAACAAAAAACAAAUAACAUUCCACAUGCUGAGAGGGACGAAAAUGAAAACACGCCAAUUCAAAACGUACACUGGUUCGAGAAGGAAAAAAAAAAAGGGAACUCCCCAGAAAAGGAGCUAACACAGGGUGAGACACAUGCAACGCAAAUGCAUCAUAUCGGAAGAGACCGCAAAGGAGUUGGCGCCGCGAUAUGCUCCGCACGAAGUGGUCAACAGAAUGGACAGUUAAGUCCUCCUUCCGAUGCAACAAACUGUAACUAUAAAAGGGAAAAUCACGAUCUGGACAAAAAUUUUAAUUUUGAAAAAAGGGAAAGUUACGAUUUCUUCGAUAAUGAGGUGGAUACAUUCGACAGAGUCAUGCGGGAAGAAAAUUCCAAACCGUUAAACACUCAUCGGGGCGUAAGCCAAAAUGAGAUAAAGGCAAAAUGGCAGGAACUAAAAAGGGGUGAUUAUAAUCCAGAGGAAUACUCAAAUUUCACCAAUUCGUUAAACGGAAAGAGGGAGGAAAAUUAUUUUUUCACUUCAUGCAACGAAAAACACAAUUUGAGAAAAUUAAAAUAUGAUAUCAGCGAGCAUAUAUACGGAGACACGCCUCUUAAUUGGAACCCGUCCUCGAGCACCCCCCAAAAGGGGACAAUUCACGCAAAGGAAUAUACGACGCAAAAAGAAGACUCCCCACGGAUGGUCAAACAUGGCGAGAGAGGCAGCGUCCUCAUGAGUGAUGACAAUACAGUCAAGACAGAGUAUAACGAAAAAAUAAACGACCAUUUUAACCAAUCCCAUUUUAGCGAUUUUUACAACUCGAACAGUUUUUCUCAAAGCUUCAAUUUUACAGACCAGGAUUGGGCCGUAAGAGGAAACAGCAACUGCGAUAGUAUCUCCCAGAAUUUUAUUAACACAAAUAAGUUAGAUCAAAUUAUUGAGAAAAUAAAAAAAUGGAAUGAACAAAUUUCAAACGAUGUAAACUAUAUACAAUGCCUAUUUUGUGAUAAGUAUUUAUUCAAAGUAGAAAAUCAUCACGAUAUGGACAUACUGAACUCUUCGAUAAACGAAUCCAUCAGGAGAGAAAAAUAUACUUGUGCCAUCUGCAAACAUAAAAUAAAAACGCUAAGUAAAUACAACGAUGAGGUAAAAAUUGGAGAGCAGGUUGACACACAGAAGGGGGAGUAUUUUGAAGGCAAGUUAAUGGAUGGUAAAAAAUAUAUAUCUCACAAUGCAGAGGGUGUAGUAGACUUUUUAAAAACGGAAAAAUUAGAAAAUUCACUUGACAUCACUUGCUCUGGGAGCAAUAAAAUUCCCACCUCCAUCCCAACGGACGCAUCGCUAAGCAGUGAUGUUCUUAAAAAGGGUGCCUACCACAGCGGAAGAAAAAGUGAAAGUGGAAAUGCCCUCCGUGAAAACUGCCCUUUUGCUGCAAACUGCGGAAUUGAUGACCCUCCCCAGUUUGCUAAGGGUGGCCCCGAAAAGCAAGCGCAUUCUUUUCACAACAGAAAUUUAAGUUACCCCCGCGGUUUUGCCAUUUUUGAUGACACGGCUGGGAACGGUCCGCGUGGCAGCAACAUGGAUUCGGGCCUCUUCCAUUUCGAGGAGGUCCACCCUAAAAGCGGCAGAGACAGCGACAGCGGCGAAGCUAUUGACAGCAAAAGCACGGGAAGCAGUGGCGAAAACCUUAUGCACACCUGCUCGGUAGACAACGAAAUGACAAUACAGGAACGGGGUAAAUUCGACCAGAUGGACGCAACUGAAGGACGCCAAUUUGAACAUACACAUGGUGAUGAGGAUGAUAAUGAUGAUGAGGAUGAUAAUGAGGAUGAGGAUGCUAAUGAGGAUGAUGAUGCAGAUGAGCAGGGUGACGCAGAACGCGGUGGAGUUACCUAUAAAAAGGGACAAAACAGAUGGUGA